AUGCGGGCGGGGGUCUGGCUCCUCGUGGUCUGCUUUCUUGGGCUCUCAAUCCUCUCUGAGGCUCAGACGGGUGCCAACGGAUUUCGGAACAACCCCUCAGAGACGACAUGGAGCUCCGAGCCUGUUGCCGCGCAACAGCGGUGGGAAGCCAUUAUCAAUGAGACGGGGGGGGUACUGGCCCUGCAUGAGGCUCUCAUCGUCCGGCUCUCGGGCCCGGGAGUGGUGCCCUUCACGCUGGACACCCAAGCCAUCCUGGCCAAGGCCUUCCAGCAGGUCGUCAUUCCCAACCUGGGUCCCGUGGAGAUUGUCAGCUACAGGGAGAACUACCCCAAGCCCGGCUACUCGGAUAAAGUGGGGUCUACAGAACCCUACGUCGACUUUGCGGGUAACCUGUACCACCUGUUCAACCUGUCCAUGCCCAACCUGAACAUCAGCGACACCUGGACCCAGGCUUGGACCGACGAGUUCACCAACUUCCUCAUGUGGGGCGCCAAGGCCCAGACCAUGGGCCUGAACGCCAGCAUCCGCCUGAUGAGCGUGAACAUCAACGAGAUGGUGAUGACGCACAGCGUGGACCUUGUCCCCGUCGUCCCAGUGGAGGUCAUGGUCGCGGUCUCCACCCUGGACGGCAGCAACCUCACCGCCGCGCAGGCCAGCUCUGUGGCUGAGGGCCUGCAAGGCCAGCUGGGGGCGCACAUCGACGUCAUGGCCUGGAACACACAGGAUGCACUGAAAUUCUUUGCCGCCACCUUUGACUACGGCAACGGCUCGCAGCUGAUGGUGCUGGACAUCUCGCUGCCCGCCUGCGAGAACGCCAACAACACGGGGUGGGAGUCCUGCGCGCUGAGCACGCUGCAGUUCAAGCUCCUGGACCUGUUUGUCUCCAACGCCGUGGUGGCCUGGCUGGACAAGAACGGCAUGUCCUCCCCGCGCCUGGCUGGCAUCCGCCUGCGCCCCUCGCCCCAGGCCCCCGACCAGCUCCAGGCCCCCGCCGCCGUGCCCUGGCACCUGGACCGCCUGGACCAGCGCACGCUGCCCCUGGACGGGCAGUACACCGCCGACAACGGCGGGCUGGGGGUGAAUGUGUUCCUCCUCUCCGGCGGCAUCGACGCCGCCCACACCGAGUUCGAGCGCACCGACGGCGUGCCCGGGACGCGCAUCAAGGCGGGGUGGGGUUACAACGGAACCGACCCGCUGGAGGACUGCCCCGACGCCUUCGCCUGGUACGGUUUCGGCACCUACUCCGCCUCCCUGAUCGGCGGGAACACGCUGGGCGUGGCCAAGAACGCCACCAUCACCUCGGUUCGCUUCCGCACCUCGUGCAUGCUGGAGUCCACCAAUAUCUGGGCGCCUGGGGGGCUGCCCUCGGCCAUCGACGCGGUGCUCUCGACGGCCGUCGCCCCCGCCAUCAUGAUGAUUGAGACCUGGUGGUCACCCAACCGCUUCAGCUCGGACGACGACCAGUGGAUCGAGCAGGCGCUGAAGAGCCGGCUGGACCAGGCCAUCGCUCAGAACAUCACCGUCAUCGUCCCCGCCGGCUUCGGCGACGCGCCCGCCUGCGACAACGUGCUGGCCGCCCAUCCCGGCACCAUCGUGGCCUCCGGCUUUGACGACUUCGACCGCCUCACCCUCUUUGGCGCGGCCAACUCCUCCUGCAUCUCCCUGUGGGCGCCCGGCGGCGGCCUGGGCAACGGCGUGCUGGGUGCCAUGGCCUACAGCGACUACACCUCCAUUAUCCCACGGGCGUUCGGCGCGACGCCGCUGGUGACGGGCCUGGCGGCGCAGUACCUGUCCAACAACCCGACGGCCACGCCCGCGGAGGUCAGACGCGCAUUGGAGGAAGCCGCGACGCCGGACCGGGUGCUGAUGGCGGGCAUCGCCUCCCCCAACCUCAUGGGGUACACCAACCUGCGGUACAAUGCGACGACGGCGAGCGCGGGGGGCGCCGACGCCGCGGCGGCCGGCGCCGACGGCGGCGGCGGCGGCGGCCUGUCCACCGCGGCGAUCGUGGGCAUCGCGGUGCCGCUGGGCAUCAUCUUCAUCAUCGCCAAGACGGGGUGCAUGUACUACUGCUUCAUCUGGCUGAAGAAGCACCGCGCGGCGCAGGCCGCGGCCCAGAAGAUGGACGGCGACUGGGAGAUUGACGAGAAGCGGAUCGAGAUCGUGCACCGCCCCGACGGCGAGCCCUGGCAGCUGGGCGAGGGCUCCUACGGCAAGGUGUUCAAGGCCGUGAAGGACGGGGUGCAGGUGGUGGCGGUGAAGACGCUGCGCUGCGAGGAGGACCCUCUGCGCGACCAGUUCGUGCGCGAGAUCGCGAUGAUGCGCUUCGUCUCCCGCGACGCCAACAUCACCCAGUUCUACGGCGCGGUGGUGGGGGCCAAGAGCCUCAUGCUGGUGGCGGAGUACAUGGAGGGCGGGGACCUGCGCAAGGCCAUCACCGCCGACGUGCGCAAGCGCCUGGUGUGGGGCGCGGGGGGCAAGGGCGUGGCGCUGGACAUCACGCGCGGCCUGCACUUCCUGCACACCUCCCGCGUCAGCCACCGCGACAUCAAGUCCAGCAACGUCCUGCUCACGCGCGACGGCCGUGCCAAGCUGGGCGACGUGGGACUGGCCCGCAUCCUAGAGGACCAGCACCAGAGCGACGGCUUCGUGGGCACCUUCGCCUGGGCCGCCCCGGAGCUGCUCAUGGGGCAGCGCUGCGACGAGCGCGUGGACAUAUGGUCCCUGGGCACCGUGCUGUGGGAGAUCGUGACGCAGGAGAUGCCCAUGCGCGGCAUGCUGCGCCCGCCGCUGGUCCCCGAGGAGUGCCCGCAGGAGGUGGUGGCCAUCAUCCACGCCUGCAUGCAGCACGACCCCAAGGACCGCCCCUCCGCGCGCGCGGUGUACAACAUGCUGCUGGCCGCGCCGCCGCUGGCCGGGUUCGAGGACGCCGCCUCCAUCACCGAGUCCUCCCCGACCUCCCAGUCCCCCGCCGACUCCAUGCGCAGCUCCUCCCCAGAUUCACGCCCCACAUCCCCCGUGGCCGUCGUGCCCGGCACCGCCGGCGGGCGCUCCGGGGCGAUGUCCUGGCCCGCCCAGGCCUUCGACUCGGCGGUGCACGGCGCGCACGGCGCCAUGCGCGCCGUCAGCCCCAAGCUCCACUCCGUGGUGGCCCAGAUCCAGAAGCGGCUGCGGCACCACGAGGCCGUGGCCGCGGGCGGAACAGAUCGGUCCAGCCCGGGCGACAGUGGGGCCGAGGGCUCGGCGGCGCAGGAGGGCGAGCGGCAGGAGAAGUCGCCCAGGUCGCCCUUCGAGAAGCAGGACCUGGCGGGCCACGGCAUGGUGUGA